AGAGUUCAUCAACAUCAGUAUAGUUAGUUCCUUCCACCAUGCUCUUCAAAUAUACAGUUUUAGUUCUAGUCGCGCUCCAAUCGACGUCCUUACUGGCCAAGCAGAUACCGGUCGAGGUCAGAUAUGAGAGACUGGAACACAGCAUCGGUCAGAAUUUAGCCGAAAAACCCCAGCUCGCACCCGAAGAACUGAAAGAAAACGAACUCAGAUUACAGAAGCUGAGUCUGGCAGAAGAAAAUCACGCCCCUGAAGCUAACAAAAACCUCGUUAAAAAUUUCGAUGCCAAAGUCCAACUGUCUCAGUCAGAGUUAUCUCAAGCAUACAAGCACAUUCCAGUUCAGGAAGAAGUUAAGUCUGGAGAAUUGAGAGAAGCUAGUUCUCUGAGUUUGAGAGAAACUGCUCAAAAAAUUAUAGAAGAAGGUCUGGAAAAUUUGAGAAACAACUUCAAACCGAAGGAAAAUGAAUUUUCUCCAUCCAAACAGCAAUGGGACGAGUUGGAUAGGAGCGUGAACAAUUUGAUUGAGAAUUCAAAGUUGGAGGAGUCUUUAAGGCAGGAGGGGGGAGGAAACUUUAUCCAAGGUUUCAUUUCAAGUUUCCAGAAUGCUACGAGUAAUUUUUUGCAGAAUAUCCAGUCGCAGACUCAAGGCAACGCACCAGGUGGAACCAGUGGCGAUAAUGGGCAGCAGCCAGGUGGUAUUCAAGGAUUCUUCGCCUUCUUUACUGAUGGAGUGCAAAACAUUGCUGGCAACCUACAGCAAUUAGGACAACAGCAACAAGCGACAGGAAGCAACAGUACAGUACUAGGUGAUAGUGGUACCUCACCAGGCAGUGGUGGCACUGGUAAUAUUUUUGGAGGUAUAAUAAGCGGUAUCCAACAAGUCUUCCAAGGACAGAAUUCAAGUGAAGGAAGUGGUCAAGGUCCUCAGGGAGUCUUUUCUGGUGCCAUCAGUUCAAUCAGUCAGGCAGUAAGCGGUAUCAUUCCAUCAAAUACUCCAGCUCCAGCUACCCAAGGAGACGAAGGUUCAACACCAUCUUCUGGUCCCAUCCAGCAAGUGUUCGAGAACUUUGGUAAUGCUUUCAAUCAAUUGAUUCAAAGACCUGGUAGCACAAAACCACCACAAGUAGCGCAAGAUGAAGGGUCGACAAGUAGACCUGGUAUCAUUCAGACAAUUGGAAACACUGUCGAAAACACUAUACACAAUAUUCAGAACCGAUUUAGACCUCAUAACGUUACUAGUUCAACUCAAAAACCUGCCGCUCCUAAUUGCUCUACAACAGUUUCAAUUGAAUCAGCUUCCGACAACAGGAAUCCCGCUACUGAACAAGCAGAUCCAGCUUCGACUGAAGCAGCAGCUGAACCAGCUGGUACCACAUCUCAAGCCCCGGCGGCAGCACCUGAGAAGACUGAAGAAGAAAAGAAGAAACCAUAAGUUUUAUUUAGGGAAUAGAAUAAUAGUUUCUUCAAUGCAUUAGAGUAUUUUUAUAAAAUACUUGGCAAAGAGUUUUAGUUUGUGUUUGAAUUUUCAAAGAAAUUGAUGCUUUUGUACUUGAUUUAGGUGUAAUUUUAUAAUAUUUAUUAUUAUUUAUUAUUAUUUAAAUAUAAAAUAGGAAUGAA